AUGAAAAUUAGAAAUAAGAUAUCAAGAGCAUCAAGUAGCAUGGCAGCCAAACGAAAUGCUGGAGUGCCAUCAGCCAUGGUAGCAAGACAGUCUUUAAAUGAUGAAGAGCUAAAAAUGCAUGUAUAUAAGAAAACCCUACAAGCAUUAAUCUACCCAAUAUCAAGUACCAGACCUCAUAAUUUUGUUGUUUGGUCUGCCACAUCACCAACCUAUUGUUUUGAGUGUGAAGGUUUGUUAUGGGGUCUGGCUAGACAGGGUGUCAGGUGUACAGAAUGUGGAGUUAAAUGUCAUGAAAAGUGUAAAGAUUUGCUCAAUGCUGACUGCUUACAAAGGGCAGCAGAAAAGUCUUCUAAACAUGGGGAAGGUGAUAAAACACACACAAUUAUUAUGGACAUGAAGGAGAGAAUGAAAAUUAGAGAGAAAAAUAAACCAGAAAUAUUUGAAUUAAUCAGGCAAGUGUUUAGUGUGGAUAGGAAAUCCCAUUCAGGCCACAUGAAGGCAGUUAAACAAAGUGUUCUAGAUGGAACAUCUAAGUGGUCAGCUAAAAUUGCCAUAACUGUGAUAUCCGCUCAAGGUCUAAUAGGAAAAGAUAAAACUGGUACUAGUGAUCCAUAUGUCACUGUUCAAGUAGGAAAAGUCAAGAAAAGAACCAAAACAGUACCACAGGAUCUAAAUCCAGUUUGGACAGAAAAAUUUUAUUUUGAGUGCCAUAAUUCUUCAGAUAGAAUAAAAGUGCGAGUAUGGGAUGAAGAUAAUGAUUUAAAAUCGAAAUUACGUCAAAAAUUGACAAGGGAAUCAGAUGAUUUUCUUGGUCAAACUAUUAUUGAAGUGAGAACUUUGAGUGGUGAAAUGGAUGUGUGGUAUAAUUUAGAAAAGAGAACAGAUAAGUCAGCUGUGUCAGGUGCUAUCAGAUUACAUAUUAGUGUUGAGAUCAAAGGAGAAGAGAAAGUUGCACCUUACCAUGUACAAUAUACCUGCCUUCAUGAGAAUUUAUUUCAUUAUUUGUGUGAACAAGCUGGAGGAGAAGUAAAGUUACCUGAUACUAAAGGGGAUGAAGCGUGGAAGGUUUACUAUGAUGAACCUUCACAAGAAAUAGUAGAUGAGUUUGCUAUGAGAUAUGGUAUAGAGUCUAUUUAUCAAGCUAUGACACAUUUUUCCUGUUUGUCAACAAAGUAUAUGUGUCCUGGUGUUCCAGCUGUAAUGAGUACUCUUUUAGCAAACAUAAAUGCAUUCUAUGCACAUACAACCAUAACCACAGCUGUAUCAGCCAGUGAUAGGUUUGCUGCAUCCAAUUUUGGAAAAGAAAAAUUCAUCAAACUCCUUGAUCAACUGCACAAUUCAUUACGAAUAGAUCUGUCCAUGUAUCGGAAUAAUUUCCAAGCCUCUAACCCUGCCCGCCUUCAAGAUCUCAAAUCUACUGUAGAUUUACUAACCAGCAUUACAUUCUUUAGAAUGAAGGUCCAAGAAUUAACAAGUCCACCAAGAGCUGGUACCGUUGUGAAAGACUGUGUUGUUGCAUGUGUUAAAUCAACAUAUAAAUUUCUCUUUGAUAAUUGUUAUGAACUAUAUCAGCGUGAAUUUCAAACUGAUCCUAAUGAACAAAAUGAAGGGGAAGAAAGUGGAUCUCAUAGUUUAGAUUUUUGGCAUAAACUUAUAGAUUUAUUAGUAUCUGUCAUAGAUGAGGAUAAAAAUAACUACACAUCAGUAUUAAAUCAAUUCCCUCAGGAGUUAAAUGUAGGACAAGUCAGUGCCUCUAUCAUUUGGAGUUUAUUCUCCCAAGACUUGUGUAUGGCUUUAAAAGAUCAUGAAAAAGAAAGAACUUGUAAGAGUUCAGAAUAUAUGAAUCUUCAUUUUAAAGUGAAAUGGUUGUGUAAUAAUUAUGUUGCCAAUGUGCCUCAAUAUAAAGGAUCCAUUCCAGAAUAUCCACAAUGGUUUGAACCAUUUGUUAUGCAAUGGUUAAAUGAGAAUGAUGAUGUGUCUAUGGAAUAUUUACAUGGUGCUUAUGAUAGAGAUAGAAAAGAUGGAUUUCAGAAAAUAUCUGAGCAUGCUCUGUUUUCAACAUCUGUGGUAGAUGUUUUUACACAGUUAAACCAGUGUUUUGAUGUCAUUAGAAAACUAGAAUGCCCUGAUCCUGAAAUUGUUAAAAGAUACAUUAAAAGAUUUGCAAAGACUGUCAAUAAAGUAUUAUUGGCGUAUGCUGAUAUAGUUAGGAGAGAUUUUGAUAAGUACACCAGUAGACAAAAAGUGGCUUGUAUAUUAAUGAAUAAUAUCCAGCAAUUACGAGUUCAAUUAGAAAAAGUCUUUGAGUCAAUGGGUGGAGAAAAACUUGAUUCCGAUGCAGCAGAAAUAUUGAAAGAGUUACAACAGAAAUUAAACAGUGUUUUGGAUGAUUUAAGUACAAUAUUUGCCAAAAGUUUGCAGCCUCAAAUACAACAGAGUAUGACUGAGUUGGGGCAGUUACUGUGUAAAGUGAAAAGAGCUGGACAAGUGAGUUUAUCACAACCUAGUCAGCGUACAACUAUACAACAAGAAUCAGAUAUGAUACUUCGCCCAUUGAUGGAUAUUUUAGAUGGCAGCCUUCCUAUGUUUGCUCAAGUUUGUGAGAAAACUGUGCUCAAACGCUUGUUAAAGGAAUUGUGGAGAAUAGUUAUGCACACAAUGGAGAAAACGGUUGUUUUACCUCCUUUAUCUGAUCCAAGACAGGAUAUGUCGAAAGAAGCAGAAAAGAAUCUAAGCCCAAAACAGUGUGCAGUGCUCGAUAUGGCUCUGGAUACUAUUAAACAGUAUUUCCAUGCUGGUGGUCAAGGCUUGAAGAAGACCUUUUUGGAUAAGAGCCCUGAGCUACAAUCAUUGCGUUAUGCUUUAUCACUAUAUACUCAAACUACAGAUACUCUUAUUAAAACAUUUGUUGGUUCUCAAACAUCACAAGAUCAACCUAGCAUUGGUGAUGCUGUUGGUGAAGUUUCUAUUCAAGUUGAUUUAUUUACACAUCCUGGUACAGGUGAACAUAAAGUUACAGUAAAAGUUGUGGCAGCCAAUGAUUUGAAGUGGCAGACUACUGGAAUGUUCAGGCCUUUUGUUGAAGUUCACUUGAUAGGACCUCAUCUAAGUGAUAAAAAACGUAAACAUUCCACAAAAUCAAAAAGUAACAACUGGUCACCAAAGUAUAAUGAAACUUUCCAUUUUAUUCUUGGAAAUGAAGAUGAACCAGAUGCAUAUGAGCUCCAUAUUUGUGUGAAAGAUUAUUGUUUUGCUAGAGAAGACAGACUUAUAGGAGUUGCUGUUAUGCAAUUGCGUGACAUUAUUGAACAAGGAAGCUGUGCUUGCUGGUGUUCAUUGGGUCGUCGUGUUCAUUUAGAUGACACGGGAUGGACAAUCUUGCGCAUUCUAUCACAAAGGACAAACGAUGAAGUUGCCAAAGAGUUUGUGAAACUUAAGUCUGAGUGUCGUCACAUAGAAGAAGUGGUGCCAUCCUGA